AAAGUGGUGUGUUCUGCAGUGCAGCAGAGAGACAGACAGUGAGUCAGACAGACAGGUAUGAGGUGAGGGUGGGGUCUGUUCCGCUCGCGCUACAGCGUUCAUUCACGCCUCUGGAGCUAGUCCUGUGUUUCUGGAGCUUGUCCUGUGUUUCUGGAGCUUGUCCUGUGUUUCUGGAGCUUGUCGUGUGUUUCUGGAACUAGUUGAAGGUGUAAGUGCGGCUCAUGAGGAUUCUCCUGGAGUUUUCUCCAUCAGGUCCGGCAGCGAAGAUGAGCGCAGAAGACUUGGACAUUCCUCAGGAUCUGCUGGAGAGUGUUCAGGAUGCCGUCGGGCAGCAGAUGAAGCUGUGUGUCCUUAAGAAAGUGAACCUGGAGGUUAAAGGUGACAAACUGGAGAACAGAAUCCUGGCUCUCGCUCCUCAUCGAGUGUUUCUUCUGAGUGCACGAGUCCCUGCUAAAGUGGAUCAGUCCUUCAGUGUCUUUGACAUUCAGAGCAUCAGCAGCGUCAAACAGAAACAGUUGCUGGUGGACUAUGACAGAGGGCAGCUCUCUCUGAGACUCACGUCUGAUCAGGACGCUGAUGAUUUUAUUGCACAUAUAGGAACAAAUGUUCAGGAGAUUUGUCCAGGACUCAACCCACUGAGGGUGAUAAAGAAGCUCUUGUUAAAGCCAGUGGAGAGAAUCACCAGUUUACAGACACUCUGGGAAAAUCACACUCCAGCAGAAGCAGGACCAUGUGGUGGUUUCUCGCGGCUCUACUGGUGUGUGUGUGAUCAGAUGAACGUUCCCUACAGAGAAGAGGUGCAGUGGGACGUGGACACCAUCUACCUGUCCCAGGACACACGGGAGCUCUGCCUGCAGGACUUCAUACACCUGGACAACAGGGAUCUGCUGGCCAUCACUGCUGCUCUGGAGUUCAACCAGUGGUUCAUCAAGCUCUCCAUCAAGGACUUUAAACUGAGUGCAGAUCUGUGCGAUCAGAUACUGAGAGUUGUGUCUCGAUCCACCAAACUGGAGGAACUGACGCUGGACAACACCGGACUCAAGAGUGAUUUUGCCCAGAAGUUUGCUGCUGCACUGAGUCAGAAUCCAAACUCAGUGUUACACACGAUCAGUCUGGCCAACAACUGCCUUGAAGACAAAGGUGCUGCGGUUCUGAGCUCUGCGCUGUCUAUAAUAACUGGUGUGAUGAAGCUGGUUGUUUUGUAGAAGUCACUGUCCGCUAAAGGUGUGAGUGUUCUGGCUCAGUGUUUUGGUUCCACAUCCCUCACACACCUGAACCUGUCUGGAAAUAACCUCAGAGGAGACGACAUACCUCACCUGUGGAGUUUCCUGUCUCAGUCCAACCAUCUGCACACACUCGACCUGUCCAACAGUGAAUGUUCCCUCGACCUGGUGUGUGCGUCACUGCUGCGCGGUUCCCUCAAACACCUGACCGUUCUCAACCUGGCCAGAAGUGUCUUUGUUCUGAGGAAAGGGAAGGGGUUUCCGUCCUCCUUCAAGCAGUUCUUCAGCAGCGCUUUGUCUCUCCAGAACAUCUGUCUGUCUGGAACCAAACUACCUGCUGAAGGACUCAAAGCUCUGCUCCUGGGUCUGGCCUGUAACACUAACCUGCGAGAUGUUUCUCUGGACAUCAGCGGCUGUGAGUUGCGCUCAGCAGGCUCUCAGAUUCUGGAAGGCUGUAUCGCUGAGAUCCCCAACAUCACCAGCCUGGACAUAUCAGACAAUGGACUGGACUCAGAUCUGUCCACGCUGCUCGUGUGGCUCAGGAAGAACCGCUCCAUCAAACACUUGUCCAUCGGCAGAAACUUCAGCAACAUCAAAACCAAAAAUCUCGGGCAGGUUCUGGUCUCUCUGGUCCAUAUGAUUCAGGAAGAAGAUUCUCCGCUGGCGUCUCUGUCUCUGGCGGACUCACGACUGAAGGCGGAUCUGUCAAUGGUGCUGAACGCACUGGGAGGAAACAGCAGUCUGACCCAUCUGGACAUCAGCGGGAACAGCAUGGGCGACUUUGGGGCGAAGAUGCUGGCCAAAGCCCUGCAGAUCAACACCAAACUCAGGACGGUGAUCUGGGAUCGUAACUGUGUCAGCGCUCAGGGCCUGCAAGAUGUGGCUGCUGCUCUGGAGAAAAAUUACACCAUCAGAUUCAUGCCGGUUCCCAUCACAGACGCGGCACAAGCUCUGAAGAACAACUCUGAGAAAACUGAAGAUGCCCUGAUGAAGAUGGAGCAGUAUCUGCUGCGUAACCACGAGAGCAGGCGAUACCUGCAGGAGCAGGCGUUCAGACUGCACCAGGGCCUCGUCACCAGCACAACACAACAGGUGAUAGGGCAGGUGUGUGUGCAGGUCCAGGAUCAGCUGAAUUCUCUGCGCUUCAGUACGAGUGACAGAGUUCUACAGGACAUGAAGACGGCCGAGAACCUGAUGAGAGACGCCAAGACCUCCACAACAGUGAGAGACACCUGCUGUGCAGCCUGUAACACCUGCACUCAACUGCUGCGCAGUCUGUAUCACCUGCGCUCAAGCGGCCGAGAGGUGGGCAGCAGUGACGGGUCAGCAGGUGUAUGUGUGCAGCAGGGUUUGCUGGUGUCCAUGUUGGAUACGGCUCAGAGCGUGUGUCCUCACAUCAUGCAGCAGGCGCGUUUGCGUGAAGAUCUUCUCAAACGACAGAUGGACAACAUGACACAACAACCAGAACAACAGCCACAGCGGACACAGAAAGCCAAGAGGAAGAGCAUUCACAGUCGGAUGUUCAGACCCAUGUCCGCCGCAUUCGAGCUGGGCUUUGAUCUGUAUAAGGCAUUAGACGACGUCUGUAUGGACGAUCUGCUGCCUCCGCCCCUCUUCCCAACUACGCCCCCUCCACCGCCAGGGACCCCGCCCCCAGUGGAGGCGGAGCUACAGCAACCUCGGCCAGUAAGCUUCAGCGACCUGCCCAUAGAAGACACGCCCACUCUGCAGCACGUCACUAAAUACAGGCCGCGGCGGACGAAGAAAUCCAAACCCAGCAGAGCCGCUCCAAUCAGCAGAGCCGCUGCACAGGAAGUGGAAGUGGAUCAGCUGGACGAGGGUGUGCCGGAGUUCUUCUCCAGGAAGGUCACUAACGUCAGCGUGAGGUCCAGAGAGUCUCUUUCUGAGCGGCUUCUUCUGCAACAUCAAGCACCGCCCUUCUGCUACAACUGA